GCAUCACCUGUCUUUCCAUCUUCUUUAUAGUCCAGUUGUGUGAGUUCAGUUUUUUUUUCCUUUCUCCAUCUAUCCAGGACCAGUCUGAAGUUCCAGUCCUUCGAACCUGAUCUCAACUUUGUGAAACAUGAACAAACCGGAAAAGCCACUGUCUACGCUGUGGGGUUGUGAACUCAGCGAGUCAAAGAAAGAGGGAACAUUCAAAACAGAUGACACAAACCACCAACAUCAACUCGCACUGAGAACUAUGUGUCUGGGCGCAGGUGCCAAAGAAGAGUUCAACAUUGUGGCGUUAAUUACCGGAGAAGCAGAUAACAGCAAGGGCAUACCCAUGGCUACCCUGCACGCCAAUGGCAUGCCCACGGUCAAUCUGUCUGGGAUAGACCUGCACCCUCCUGUAACCUUUCAGCUGAGGAGUGGCGCUGGACCGGUCUACAUCUGUGGGGAACACGUGGCCUUGGAGGAUGACUUCUCAGGAAUAGAUAGUGUUGAUGAGGAGAUGGAGGAAGAGGAGGAGGAGGAGGAAGAUAUUGAGUCUCCUGUGAAGCCUGCUAAGAAAGCAACUGCCAAGAAUGCAAAUGUUGCAGGCAAAAGAAAGAAGCCAGAGGAAGCAGAUGAACCUGCAUCAGAUGAUGAGAAAAACCCUCCUAAAAAGGGAAAGGGUAGAGGAAGAGGCAGGGGAAAGUGAUCCAGGGUGCUGCCCAAAGAGUCUGUUGCAGUUCUGUUUGGCUAAAGGUUCUGUCAAUCAACUGUUGGGUUUCUAUCUACCUGUUAAUUCUUGCAUGGAUCAAACGAUUUAAUCUAAGGCUGUUUAUCCUGUACAUGUCAAUGCUUUGUAAAUCGUUUGAAAGAGUUGUCCUUGUGGUACUAAUCAGUGUACAUUAAACUACACUGACCAAAAUAUAAAUGUAACGUGGUCCUUUGUUUCAUGAGCUGAAAUAAAAAAAAUCUCUGAAAUGUUACAUACACA